AUGAGGUCGUACCCAUUGGGCACACCUAAUAAUGUUAGUAAAGGUUCCUAUUUUACUGGUUGUAUCAAAUUGGCCGACAAUUAUACCCGAAGAAAGGCUGAAGAUUUUGAGUUCAAGUAUGUGAUCGAUAGCCAACCCAUAGAAACGUCUAAGAGGAAUGACACAAACGAGUCAAAGAUAUCACCGGAAGAUCAGUUCAAUAGUGCCGUCAAUGAUCUGAAGAUCAGUUGGGUUUCGAUAUUAAAAGGAAAGGCGUCCGAAGACCUGUUCAAUGAAUUACUCGAGAGUAAUGAGUCAGAUGUCAAUCAAAUGAGGCUAUUAUUAGCGCGAAUGCGGGCACUGGACUCGGACUCCCGGCGCUCGCAGCACUUGUAUCGACAGAUUUGUUUGGCAAACAAAGUAGAGGAGAAAUCGGAUGACAUCCGACAGGCGCUCAAAGAUUUGCAAACAAAGACGUCUACCGUUUUGGAGGUACUGGUGCUGAAAGGGGUGGCCAUCUGUGAUCUCAUCGAUGAGCAUAAAAACAACACUCCCGUGACUAGUGAUAAGGACAUACCUGUGCCCAAUAAACGUGAAUACAAAGGACUGGUACUCAGGAAUGGCCUAAAAGUCCUAUUAAUCAGUGAUGUGGAGGCAGACAAAUCCGCGGCCUCCCUGUCCCUCAAUGUGGGCUUGAUGUCGGACCCCCGGGAGGUGCAAGGGUUGGCCCACUUAUUAGAGUGCAUGCUAUUCCUAGGCUCUCGUAAAUACCCUGGUGAUAAUGAUUACCACAAAUACAUCUCAAGUAAUGGCGGUUCGUGUACUACCCGGACAACCUACACAUACACGGCAUACUUGUUUGAUAUAGCCACUGACUAUCUACCCGGUGCUCUGGACAGAUUCGCGCAGUUCUUCAUUGAGCCGCUGUUCACAGAGAGUGCGACGGAAAGGGAGAUAAACGCCAUUAACUCGGAGUACGAGUCCUGCAUAACUAUCGGUCAUUUUAGAGAAGAUGCAGUGGACAGGUGUUUAUCUGACCCGGAUCAUGAUUACAGCAAAUUUCAAAUCGGAAAUAAUGAGUCGUUGAAAGAGAUUCCUUACGCCAAAGGCAUUGAUGUCCGCCAGGAGUUGCUGUCGUUUCACAAGCGCUGGUAUUCAGCAAAUAUCAUGUCUUUAGUGGUUUUGGGCAAAGAAAGUAUACAAGAAUUGCAAGAAUUAGUGAUUCCUAUGUUCUCCGGAAUCCGGAAUAACAGUGCAAUCGCUCCCAAAUGGACUACUAAUCCAUUCUCAGAUCCAUACCUACGAAAGCAGUGCUUUAUUGUACCGAUUGAUGACAUCCAGAGUAUGAAAAUAAUGUUUCCUAUCCCUGAUAUGUCCGCACACUACAGAUCUAAACCGAAAUGGUAUCUAGAUAACUUGAUUGGUCACGAGGGGCCGGGUAGUUUACUAUCGGAGCUGAGAUCCCGCAACUGGUGCACACAAUUAAAUACAGGCUGUUGUUGCGGCCGAAGCCCUGGGUUUGAAUUCUUUUGCAUUACUGUGAACCUAACUGAACAGGGUAUGGACCACACGGACGAUAUCAUUGCACUGGUCUUUCAAUACAUUAAUUUACUCAAAAGAGAGGGUCCCAACGAGUCGUUUCAUAACGAGUUGAGACAAACCCAUGAAAUUGAUUUCAGAUUCUAUGAGAUGUGGAGUAAUAUGUAUUUUACAGAUUAUCCGAUUGACGAGUGUAUGAGUGCUAAGUAUACGAUGGAUGAGUUCAGACCCGAUUUGAUCACUGAUUUACUCAAUCACUUGACUCCGGAUCGCAUGCGAGUGACAGUU